GACUGAACAGUCAGUUUCGAUUUAAUUCCUCAACCGGCUGCCUUUACGCAGGGUGGAGAGGUUCAGCAGUCUGCAGCCUGGCUGGCAGUGUAAUCCGCUUGCCGGGAGGAGCAGGGAAAGCCCUCACCAGACGCAGACGCAGAGAGAGAGGGAGACAUUUAAGUCGGCCAGAGACAGAGAGAGUUGACUGGAGUGCUUGGUCAUAUUUGGAGCUUUUGUCCUGCUGCUGGAAGCUUAAUUGAACUGACAGAUACAGACUCUGAGGAUCAUUCACACUUCACAUCAUGAGUGGACCGACAAAUGUUCAGUACCAGUCAGGUCUUUAUGGAGGAAACAACAACAGCAGCUCUCCUCUCUCCAGCCGCGGAAAUUCGGCCAUCGUGUGUGAGCGCUGUGGGGAGGUGUGUCGUGGGGAGGUGGUGCGUGUCAAAAACACACACUUCCAUGUUCACUGCUUCACCUGCCAAGUGUGCGGCUGUGAUCUGGUGCACUCGGGUUUCUUCCACCACUCUGGCGAGUACAUCUGUACAGAGGACUACCAGCGGCUCUACGGGACCCAGUGUGACAGCUGUGACCUGUACAUCACUGGGGAGGUGGUGUCUGCCCUGGGGAGGACGUACCACCCACACUGCUUCGUCUGCAGCAUCUGCAGGAGUCCGUUCCCAAUUGGAGACAGGGUGACCUUCUGUGGGAAGAAGUGUGUGUGUCAGCAGUGCUCACACACUCUGAAAAGCGACAAGCCCGUCAAGGUCCAUGGGCCAAGCUACUGUGCAGGCUGUGGCGAGGAGAUCAAACAGGGUCAGUCCCUGCUCGCUCUGGAGAGACAGUGGCACGUCAGUUGCUUUAAAUGCCGAACGUGCAGCUGUGCGCUCACCGGAGAGUACAUCAGCAAGGAUGGGAUACCUUACUGUGAGACUGACUACCACACUCAGUUUGGGAUCAGGUGUGACAGUUGUAACAAGUACAUCAGUGGCAGAGUACUUGAGGCUGGAGGGAAGCGCUAUCACCCCAGCUGUGCCAGGUGUGCUCGCUGUCACAUGAUGUUCCUGGAAGGAGCGGAAAUGUACCUCACAGGUUCAGAGGUUUGGCACCCCAUGUGUAAAGAAGCAGCUCGGCUGGAGAGAAAACUGAGGCUGAGACGCACCUCUGAGACGGCGUCCAUUUCUCCUCCAGGCUCCUCUCCUCUCCUCGGCUCCCCUCACCGGCUCAUCUGUUCCAAAGCCGACGGGGAUGUUUUGGACUAUAAGCAGCUGGCGGCUCUGCCCAGGGUCAAAGCCAUAUAUGACAACCAGAGGCCUGACAUCAUCCCUUAUCAGGCCGACCAAGCGCACACACACCUCUCUGAUGACACUUUGGAGCGGUACAGCUGCGGACAGUCACUGGGCUCCUUAUCGCCAUACUCUCAUGAUCUCUUGGACAGCGUGGAGCUGAGAACGAGGCGUUCCUCCAGCUCCGCCUUCACCGACUCUCCUUCACACAGUCGCCACGGAGGCUCCCCACUGCAUUAUUAUCUCCCCGGCAAUGAGAGUGGCAGGAGUUCACCUUAUUACAGUCAGCCAGAGCCCAGGUGUGCCACACCCACCACCGACACCUUCCAAGCCCCCAAGCAUUUCCAUGUGCCAGCUUCUGAGGAAACCAACAUCUACAGGAAACCCCCCAUCUAUAAAAGAAAAGACAUAUCUGCCUCUCCGACAGCCAUUAAAAGUAAGACCAAUGAGAACCUCCUGAAUUCCAGCCGCCAUUCAACCUCCAACUGCAGCAGCAUUUAUCACCCAGACUCCAACUACUACCCAUAUACUGGCUCUCCGAAAGUCUCCAGGGUGAGGAGGUUUUCGGCCGGAGGAGAGGAGGAUGGAUGGAAUCAAAAUAUAAACAAGGGAAUUGGCAGGAUGAUCCUGAAAGAGGAGAUGAAAGCGCGGUCAGGUUGUCACGACAAUGACCAGUGGGGGAGCAGGCGCAGUUCCCGCUGUAGCAGCAAGGAGGCGCUGAACAAUCUGGGAUACAGCUCCCUCAAUGGCUCUCCCAAGUCCGUCUACACUUUAGACAGCGACUCGUACAUUGCCAAAUCGUCCUCGUUGCCAGGCUACGGCAAAAAUGGACUGAACAGGCCUGGCAGUGCGGGUGCAGAUUAUUACCAGUAUGACAGCAGUAAUGCAGUUAAUUGGCAGAUCAGAGAAUACAAGAUCUACGCAUAUGAAGCCCUGAUAGUGUCUGUCAGAGGGCAGCAGCGUCUCCCGAGUGACGUGGACCGAGCCAGACUGGAGCGUCACCUCUCACCAGAGGAGUUCUUCAGAGUCUUUGGCAUGUCCAUGUCUGCCUUUGAUCAUCUCGCUCAGUGGAAGAAAAACGAACUGAAGAAACAGGUCCGACUCUUCUGAGAAAAGGAAGCCACGAGAACCAUCUAACACAAUGCAGGACCACCGCCAGACUGACUGUGUGAAGAACUCUUGGCCUCCUGAUCUUGUGUUUACUUGGCCUUCUUAAGCAAUGCGUACGUCAGCCAAGUGGCCAAAAGGUGGGAGGGAAACUGGAAUGAGAGGAAGGAGAACUGGAAGGAGAUCAUGAGAACUUUGAGAGGCAGCAGAUGGAGGGAGGAGAUGGCUGCUUCUCCCUCUCCUACCAGCAGAUGGCAGGGUGUUAACAGGAGCAGUGUGGCAGUCUGAUGCAUGACCAGGUGGACUGUAAGCUGAAGUACUUCCAACCAUACUAAUGUCUGCCAAACUUACAUUCAUGCUGAAAAUUAGGGAGACAGUUUGUGGAGCUACUAUGCUGCUGCCUGGGAGACCGACUUACAUAUUGUUGGAAGCAAAAAGGAUGCAGAAACUGACAAGAAUAGUUUGAUUCUCAUUAGCUUUAGGGUUAUUGAAUGUGACAUGGUGUUUUUAUAAUGUGCAAACACUGAAGCCCAAAGGUUUUCUUUUUUCUUAUUUUGAUGUCAGUUGUUCUGAAGCCAUAUCAGUGUUUAGAGUUCUCCUGUAUGAGUUCAGCAGACUACACUGAAGGGGUUUUUAAAAUAUGAUGUGGUCGUAAAGGUUUAAUGUGAAUGAACUGUGUCAUAAAAUCAGGUUUUAGUACUACACACUUUAAAAUAACAUGUGUGUUUUGCUUAUUUUAUUUAAAUACAUCAAUGUUUUUGUCAAGUCAUUGCAGCUGCACUCGUGAGGCGGCUCAGGAAUUUCAGCUGCUGGAUUACAAUUAAACCAGACUGAAUCGUGUGUGUGUGUGUGUGUGUGUGUGUGUGUGUGUGUGUGUGUGUGUGUGUGUGUGUGUGUGUGUGUGUGUGUGUCUGUGUGUCUGUGUCUGUGUGUAAUUACAGCAAAUGACUAAUGGAGGAUCUCCAUGAAGGAUUAUUUAGACCUCUGAAUUAGGAGGGAAGAAAAUGUCCAAGUGAAUGAAGGAAACAGGAAGUGAAGGAAAGAAGGAUGGAGAAAAGGAGGAAAUAACAUGGGAAGGAAUGUAUGAAUAGAUAAACAAAGAACGAUGCAAAGAGAAACUAACAAAGAAAGUUUAAUAAAGAGUUGACAGGUGUAAACAAAAAGAAAGGUUUUAAGAAAAUAUGUAUGUUUGAGCUGAAAUGAUCUUAAUAGGAACAGAAUGUGUUGGAUAGUUUGUAAUUGAAUGUAAAAGAUGAAAUAAUCCUCUCUACUGCAGGAACUGAAACCAUGAGGUGUGUGUGUUGUUCUGUUUCUUUUUACAGGUCUUUAACAAUACAGUAAAGCACAUAAUCAAAUGUGUUUGGUACCAACGUAUUAUUUAUAAUUUGCAAACCGGUGUCUGUCCCUACGACUUCUGAAUAAAUUAUUUAAGCAUCACAACUUUA